GCGAGACAGCCCGCACAGCAAACAAUUCGCUCUAAAACAAUUAAGGGAGUAUUGUGAUUAGCCGCGAUGCACUAAGCGCACACAGCAGACGGUUACAUUGACAUGCAAGCAGACAACACACUUACCACACGGACCGGGAGCAACGUCGCGUGCAUAUACAGAACGCCGACCAGGCGACUCCACAGGUUUAGGGCCGUUAACAGCUAAACUGUUGCGCUACAGGCCAUAACAGCACUCGCAUCAACACUCGCAUCAGCACACCACAACGCCGACCACCGUCGCCAACAGUCGAGACGCCCAACCCAGAUGUGGCUGUGGACGUUGGUUGGCCUAAGCAUCAUCACAAAAGUGUGCGGUUAUGCAAGCGGUUACUUCCCGGAAGUAUGUCAUACAAUGUCACCUAUGCAUAAAAAUAGAGGGGAAGUUCUUGCUCCUCAGAACACUCAACCGCCCUUUGAGGUCCGUUACGAACAUGGUAAAAAGGGAGAACCUAUUACAGUUUUUCUCAAGAGCAAGUCAUCCACACAGUUCAGGGGAUUUAUGUUGGAGGCUCGAAACAAAAGCAUGGUGGACGAUGGCCGGCCUGUUGGAAAAUUUAUCUUGCUUGACGCUAGAAAUUCUCAACUCCUGACGUGUGGUGAUAUAGUAGGCUCAGCUGUGAGUCAAAAAAACAAUCAAAGAAAGACUUUAAUUCAAGUUAACUGGACAGCUCCGGCAGAAGAGCUAGACAUCACUUUUAGAGCCACAUUUGUUGAGUCUUUUAAUAUAUUCUGGGAACGAGUGGAUGUGAAUGUCACUUCACCGCCACCACCACGAAGUACUACAAAGCCAAGUACCACAAUGAGUACUCAGCCAAGUAUUACUACAAGUACUCAGCGAAGUACUCCAGCAAGUACUACAAAGCCAAGUACUACAACGAGUAAUCAGCCAAGUACUACAACAAGUACUACAGAGACAAGUACUACGACAAGUAAUCAGCCAAGUACUACAACAAGUACUACAGAGACAAGUACUACAACGAGUAAUCAGCCAAGUACUACAGAGACAAGUACUACAACGAGUAAUCAGCCAAGUACUACAGAGACAAGUACUACAACAAGUAAUCAGCCAAGUACUACAAGUACUACAGAGACAAGUACUAUGAGUAAUCAGCCAAGUACUACAGAGACAAGUACUAUGAGUAAUCAGCCAAGUACUACAGAGGCAAGUACUACAACAAGUAGUACAAUCGGUACUACGAAGACACCGAACAACACUGGGAGCAAAAGAAAGGGAGAAGCCACCUGGCUGAUGACCUUUGACGCUUUAUUUGAGGGACUGAAACUGGAACUACCUAACAUAAUCGCAACCACCCUCACCAGCAGCCCCUUCCUUCAUCGUCUAAUUAAGGGGACACAGAUAUCCUGUUGUUUGCUUUGCACCGCAGUUGAAAUAUCGGCAGCAAUCUUGUAUUGUGUGUGUGAUUCCUCUGAAGUCACUCUCGUUGCUCUUGUGUGUGUGAUGAUAUUGAUUGAUUUGAUAGAGCUGGUAAUCCUAAGUCUGCCAAUUGGACCCAGUCAUGAGCUAAAGGAGAUCUGUGACCUUGCUGUCAAAGUGUGCUCUAUCAUCCAUAUGAUUUUUACAAUUGCCGUGAUCUUUACUGGUGUUAUCAAGACUGACAGUUGCAGUAAGAACAGGACAGAGUCUUGGCUUCUGAAAGUGAUGGUUGCUUACACAGCGUGGAUUUUGCUGUUUGUAAUUUGGGUUUUCGUAUUCACUGCUCACGGAAAAGCAAUACUGGGGGGAAGCAAAAUAGGGAGUUUAAAAACAGGCGAGGGAUGGAGGCAACAAAGAAGAAAGAAGACGCUCAGUGCAGCCAAUGUGAUUGUCACCGCUGUCUCAGUAAUCCUCGUCAUUGGAAACAUGUUCUUCGCUGCAGCUGUCAUUGCUGGGAUAUUUGGGUGUCUGGAAAAAUAGGCCUGUUUUGGUACUUUGCUUGCAUGUGAUUCACAGUUUUGUACAUAUGAUACCAGUACAACCUAAUAGUUAGACUAAACAAACUAGAUAGUGUUGUUAUUAACAUAUUACAUAUCAUAAAAUGGGUUGUUCAUUUUCCAAGGAAGUUUAAUUGUUAGGUCAUAUAACAUCUUCUGAGAGUUAAGCCUGUCAACAAGGUGAAACUGCAAAUAUUUGCUAAAGAUCCACUUGCCUAUAAUUACUGUAUGUAUCACCUUGUGCCAGACAUACCAGUCGUCAUCAUCAGUUGGGGAAUGUUUUUAAUGUUGUGAUCAUGUCCUCAUGAGUAAUGUGUGGAAUGUGCUUAUCUUAUAAAAAACAAGCCUUGCUAUACUUCAUAUAGACUAGCUGAAGUAUUGAAUUCAUAAACAUAGAUGUUAUAAAAUGUGGAGAACUCACUCAAGACAUAAAUGUCCCCUUGUGUUUUAGGGCUAAAGGAAGGCCAAUGAGAUAAAACUUCAGCACAUAAAUGGGUCAUAAAAUGUGUGUCAGUCUGCUGACCUCAUGACUCAGCCUGUUAGUGCUUAUGCCAGGAGUAUCUGAGGUCAUGGAAAUGCUCAGAGUUCAGUGUGUAAGGAUGAAAAUAAUGUGUCAUAGUGAUCGAUAUGAAUUGAGAGAGAUAAUUAACUUCAUUUUGAAAAGAUAUCAAGUUUUACCAUAAGUUGUCUGAAUAUAAUUAUAUCAGAAUGUGUCCAGUACUAUAAACAGCUUUUUUAUGUAAGUGCAUGAUGCCAUUCAACUUAAUUGAAAUUCAUUGUCUGUUUUUGCUUUCAACAUACAAAGUUUCAAUACAAGGACUCACCAUAUAUGACCUUACUUGCAAAUCUACACAGUAAAACCAAUCUGUGUUUUGUGUUACAAUGUUUUGAGUACAAUAAGAGAAAUUCCCAAGUACAAGUCAAACCCAUGUGAAUCGUUGAACCUGAAUUAUGUGUAAAUUACAGUUAUGUAAACCAGUAUUAAUAUAUUUUACAUUCAAACAUUUGGACAUUUUAAAAUCUAGUUAUGUUAGCGUCACCAGGAAGUUGUGAUUUAUACAUGAUGAUUCAUUUUUAUGGUCUUUUUGAAGGAAGCAAACUUCAGCUGUGUCCAU